GUUGACCGCGACUAUCUAAUUAGUUCGUCAUCAACAUGCGCACGCUCAGUGUCGUCGUACUAUUCGCACUCGCCGCCAUGGCUGCCGCCGGCGCACCUACGCUUUACGACCUCAACCAAGUCGAUUCUUUGUUCGAUAAAUUCAUAGAAGAACACAAACGGGAAUACAAGGACGCGGCGGAUAGAGAACUGCAUUUUAAUGCGUUUAAGCAGAAUGUUGCGAAGAUCAACGAACAUAACAGCAAGCAAUCUUCUGCGACGUACGCUAUUAACAAGUUUGCGGACUAUACUGAAGAGGAAAAACAGGCGAUGAGGGGCUUCAAGAGAAACUAGUGGCUAUGUUUAUUGUGAUCGCAUAUAAUUUGUGUUUUUUAUAUUAACUGCUUUUUAUGAUGAUAUUACACAAUUAAUCACUGUA